CCUUCUGUCAGCCUCCCCACCAUCCUCCUGCCCUACCUUCCCAACAGGCUGUAACAGACCCCCAUACCAGUAGCCCUUAUUUUUCUCUGUGAGAGUUGGUCACCCUGGGGUAAAUGCUGAGAGAACAUUUCCUCAGGUGGGGGAAAAAUGAGUUUCCCGUUUAAGAUGAAGAUGAGAAAUUUCCUCUCUCAAGAGGAUCAUUAGUCUUUGGAAUUCUCUUCCUCAGGGAGCAGUGGAGGCUGGGUCAUUGAUUAUAUUUAAGGCUGUGUUAGAUUUUUGAUUGAUAAGGGAGUCAAGCGUUAUGGGGGACAGGCAAGAAAGCACCAUUAAGGCAACAAUCAGAUCAGCCAUGAUCCUUUUGAUUGGCGGAGCAGUGUCGAUGGGCUGAGAGGCUUACUCCUGCUUAUUUCUUAUUUUUAUGUUCUGUGAUUUAAAAGCCCUGAACACCAUAGACAACGAAUAAGUCAGGGACAGCACACUCAUCCAAGUCACAAAGCUGUGGAAUCAAUUUCUAUUCCAGAGACCUGAGCAUAUAAUCCAAUACCGAGGGAGUGCUACACUGUCAGAGAUGCUGUCUUUCAGAAGGGAUGUUAUUGCAAGCCCAGCAUGUUGUUAUGUUGUUUCAGGAAACCUUGAAAAGGAUGCAUUAAACGGUGAGAAGAUGACCGCUGAGCCACGUAAACUACCGGAAUGGAUGGCUUUGGAAGAAAUAAAAAAAGACGAAAAGCAACAGAAGGUUUCUUGCAUCAAGAAAAAUGCUCUGGAGGACAGACUUCCCUUCUUGGACUUUCCUGGAUCCAUUAUCUUCAGUUAUGAAGCAAAUGACUGUUCUUUCCUAUCAGAAGAUUUAAGGUCUUCUGUUCCAAAGGAAUCAGCCAUUGGGUUUGAUAUGGAGUGGCCUCCGACAUAUAUAAAAGGAAAGGUUGGAAAAGUCGCACUUAUUCAACUGUGUGCCUCUGUGAACAAGUGCUACCUGUUCCAUAUCUCUUCCAUGUCAGGAUUUCCAAGUGGACUCAAAAGGUUGCUGGAAGAUGAAGCGGUUAAAAAAGUUGGCGUUGGAAUUGACGGAGACCAUUGGAAACUAAUGAGGGACUAUGACAUUAAACUCAAAGGUUUUGUGGAACUAACUGAUGUGGCAAAUCAGAAGUUGAAAUGUGCAGAGACGUGGAGUCUGAAUGGGUUGGUGAAGCAUCUCUGUGGAAAAAAGUUGUGGAAGGAUGAAUCUAUCCGCUGCAGCAAUUGGGACAUAUUUCCACUCAGUGAUCAACAGCAGCGAUAUGCAGCAACCGAUGCCUAUGCUGGUUUUCUAAUUUACGAAAAGUUAAAUAGCUUGGAUAUUAGAAGAGGAAAACUGUUUCUUAAUAAAAAUGACCCGAAUCUGCCUCCUUCUCUUGAUUUAAGGUCUAACUUGACCUCUGUUGCCUGUGAGAUGCAGAAACUAGCAGAGUUGGUUCCUGAUUCCUUCAUUAGUGGUGUGCAGAGAGCUACGAAUAUCUUGAGUGUCAUUUCUGAAAAUGUUUCUUCUUUGAAGACUAUUUUGCUUGAAUCGACACCUGGAACUAUUGUAGAGUUGGGGAAAGAAGCAAAAUCUGAAUUGCAUACAGACAAUCAAGCUGCAAAUGAUCAGUCUGAAAAUAGUUUAGAAGAUGUCCACAAUACAAGUGGGAGCUACCAAGAAGUAGAGCAAGAGAGUAAUUUGACUGACUCACCAUUGGAUCCACAUAAUAGUAGUGUAGCUUGUGUGACAUACUCAAAACCCCAGGGGAUUGACAAAAAUGAGAGUGAUGUUUGUGCAGAAAGCAAUCAGAAUAAGCAUGAGGAUUACCUGAUGUCUUUACCCAUAUCUGAAUAUGAGCUCCAGAUGUUAGAGCAGCAGGCAGAAGCAGAAGAUGCAGUGGAAAAUGCUAUUUCCUCUUUGCCAAUCAAGGCACCUAAUGCUGAUGAAGAAGCAGAUCUCUCUUAUGUGAUUGAAAGUGAUGAGGAGCUAGAGAAUGAAAUGCUCAAGGCACUGCAGGAUUUGGACAACUGUUCUGGAAUGGAGACUCAAGAAUCUCUCAAGGAUUUAUCUGACCAGUUUGAUGCAUCAGAGAAAUUUUGUGGGGUGGAGGAUGAAGAAGAUGAAAGCAUCAAGGAAGAGGAGGACAAGUGGGAUGCUUCAAUACCUGAGCCAAAUGCAAAACAGAUCAAGUGCCUGAAGACUUAUUUUGGACAUUCUAAUUUUAAACCGGUUCAGUGGAAAGUUAUCUAUUCAGUACUUCAGGAGAGAAGAGAUAAUCUUGUUGUUAUGGCAACUGGUUAUGGUAAGAGUUUAUGCUACCAGUUCCCAGCUAUUUACACAGGAGGGGUUACCAUAGUGAUUUCUCCUCUCAUCUCUUUGAUGGAGGACCAAGUAUUACAACUGAACAUGUCCAACGUGGCAGCUUGUUUCCUUGGUUCUUCGCAGUCGAAAAAUCUUUCCCAUGAACUGACAAAGGGUCAUUUCAAAGUUAUUUACAUGACUCCUGAAUUCUGCUCGGGAUCUAUUUCGUUACUCAAGAGACUUGAUGACAGUGUGGGUAUCACCCUUGUUGCUGUGGAUGAGGCUCACUGCAUCUCCGAGUGGGGACAUGAUUUCAGAAAUUCAUACAGAAAGCUAGGAGCUUUAAAAAGUUUUCUGCCGCAGACUCCAGUUGUUGCUUUGACUGCCACCGCCAGCCCUUCAAUUAGAGAUGACAUCAUAGAGAGUCUGAUGUUGAAGAAUCCUCGGAUUGUCUGCACUACAUUUGAUCGACCAAACUUGUAUUUAGAAGUAGGCUGGAAAUCUACAGACAUUCAGCAAGAUUUAAAGCCACUAUUAAUUAAAAGGGAUGAAUUCACAUUUGAGUUUGAGGGUCCCACUAUAGUUUACUGCCCCUCCAGGAAAGCCACAGAACUAGUGGCUGCAGAGCUGUCACGGAUGAAUAUUGCUUGCGGCACAUACCAUGCAGGCAUGGGCAUCAAAGCCAGGAGAGACGUCCAUCACAAGUUCAUGAGGGAUGAAAUUCAGUGUGUGGUAGCUACCAUUGCUUUUGGCAUGGGGAUUAACAAGCCUGACAUUCGUAAAGUCAUUCAUUAUGGAGCACCUAAAGAAAUGGAAUCAUACUAUCAACAAAUUGGGAGGGCUGGACGAGAUGGUUUGCCCAGUACUUGUCACGUCCUCUGGUCUCCUGCUGACAUGGUGUUAAACAGGCGGCUGCUGAGUGAGAUUAAAAGUCCAACGUUCCGUGCCUACAAGAUUAAGAUGAUGGAAAAAAUAAAGAAAUACCUCACAUCAUCCAAGUGCAGAAGAAAUAUCAUUCUGUCCCAUUUUGAAGAUGAACAGCUCAGGAGGGCGACUCUUGGGAUCAUUGGGACCGAUAGAUGUUGUGACAAUUGUCGAUUAAGAAUUGGUAGCUACGUUUCUGCAGAUGACCCAGAAAGUGAGAUGCAAGAUUUUGGAAAAGAAGCGCAUCAAUUGCUAUCUGCAGUCUGUGUUUUAGGAGAAAUAUUUGGCAUUGGAGUCCCUGUUUUGUUCUUGAGAGGAUCUCGCUCUCAGCGUUUGCCAGAAAGGCAUCGUAAUCACCAUCUGUUUGGCAGUGGAAAGAACCAUCCUGAAAACUGGUGGAAAGCCUUGGGUCAGCAGCUCACCACUGAGGGCUUCCUGCGGGAAAGUUCUAGCUUUAGCCAAUUUGCCAUUAAAUGCACUUUGACUAAUAAGGGAAGAACUUGGCUGAGUAAGGCCUCUGAUGAGUCCUGCCGUACUCUUUUACUUCAGGCCACCAAACAGCUGUGUCCACCUGUUCCAUUUAAAGCUAAGGUUCAGCCUCCAACCUCAUCUUCAGUAUCGUCUCAACAAUCUUCUUCAUUGACCAGCCAGUUGGAGCUUCAGAAAGUGCCAUUGCGUGACUGGUUUGAACGAAAGAAGGGAAAAGAGAAUGAAAAGCUGCUUUCUGCAAGUGCAGUCAAAAGUCGCAUUUUUGUUCCACCCUCAUCUGGCUCCCCAGUAAAACCCAUUCCCGCUGAAAGAGUCAUAUCACCCAGGGAACUGGAGCUGCAGGGGAAGUUAUAUGGCAAAUUGGUGGCAGCAAGACAGAAAAUUGCCAUUGAGAGGGAUGUUCCUCCAGUUAUAUUGGCUACAAAUAAGAUACUGCUAGAGUUUACCAUGAUAAGGCCAACUACUUCUGACAAUAUGAAAAGAAUUGAUGGUGUAAGUGAAGGUAAAUCUCCUGUGUUGGCUCCCCUCCUGAAUACUAUCAAGGAGUUCUGUCAAGCUAACGAAUUGGAGAUGGACAGGUUUUCUGUUUCGAGUCACGGUGUAAAACAACAACCAGUAUUCCAGCUGAGCUCUACCUUUAAACCCGUGUCGGAUGUCGCACUUUCAACAUUGUUUCACACAAAAAUUGGAGAUUCAAGCAAUGUGGCUCUUCCUGUCGUUGGUCGCCAUUUGGCUAACGCACCGAAAUCUAGUCACUCAAUGGAUGUUAAUCAAGCUAGACUUAGUCAUCCAGUUCAAGAACUGAACAUCAACACCACUCCGAAUCCUCCAGUUACCUCAGACUUGGAAUCUGUUGAAAAACAGCAUGAUGGCGAGCACAUGGGACAGCCACAAAGUUCUUGCAUUGAAACAAAAUCUCCACUACCCAGAACUACUACACCUGAUCUCAAAGAGGAAGAGCUAACAUGGAUUGAAACAGCAGGAAAGCACACAAGCAGCUGUCAAAAAGUUCAGUCCAGCGUAUCCUCUCUCAGUUUGGUGUCAUGGAAACAGCCUGAUGCUGGCACAAAAGAUUUGUUUGAUGAUUCACACACAGAGGGGAAGGAUGCAGAUACAGAAAAGCCUGCGGUGACAUCUUCCAGUCAGCCCGCUGACAGGAGUCAGAGCGUUCAGAGAAGCGUAUCCUCUAUUAGUUUAGCAUCAUGGAACCAGCCAAUGAUUGAUACAUCUGUAGCUGACUUGUUUGAUGAUUCACAGACAGAGGCCUGCAGUCAGUCAAUAAAAAGGAAGCUCCCAGAUUGGUUUGACUCUUCAAAUCCAGAGAAAAUCUCCUGUACUACCAAGAAGAAAGUGAAAAAAGGGAAAGGACUUUUCAAUUGAACCUAUUUCACUACCAUUGGUUUUCUGAUUAACAUUUCAACACCACACAACUUGUGGUGGCAAAAUAAAAAGCAAGCCAUCUGGGUCAAGCUCCAUGCUUCCCAUGUUUUGCACACAUCCUAAUUUAGCUGGAGAUACCUGGGUUAGGAACAUUCAGCUAGGCUGGAGGAAAGCAGCAGAAAACGACAAGAUGAUAAUUUUGGUAAACUCACGUUAUUGUAUAUUUUAAACAAAAUCUUGAAUGUAUCAGAACUCACCAUUAAGUUGUUCUUAAUGACAUUCUUUAUGCGUUGUGAAAAUAUUCACACAACGGCUGUUUUCUUGUUAUUGUUAGAUCCAUUAAUAUAUACUGCUGAAUGCUGCAAAGGAAGACUAUUCUCCACUGUUGGUGUCUUGGAAAUGUAAUGUAAGUGGGAUAAUUUCUGCAGUGACAUGAGCAACAAAUAGGAUAUUUUGGCAAUGGAAGUUUCUCAUUUGAUUUGAAAGUCUCUGCCUGUAUUGUACAGUACGAUACUGUACUGCAACAAACGCAUUGAGAGCAUAUCCUUGUGCUACCAAUGGCCACAGUCACUUUGCGACCCUAGAAGGACUCUUAAUGGUAGAAAGUCCAAAGGAACUACCCUGUUGCACAACACAUACUGAGAAUGGUUCUGUUAACUCUUCUACAUAAGUUGGAAAGGAAUACCACACAUUAAACUGGUACCUUAAGGUGCUUGAUGUCUUCAUGCAAAAUAAGUUUUUGGUGCAAUUUUUUCUAAAAUUUCCACGGUUGACUUCUGGUUAAGCUCUUAUGACCGGAAUAUGAUUUUUUUUUCCACAUGAAGACAUUGAUUAUUCUGUUCAUCAGAUAAUAUUACUUUGUGUUUCCGUAUUCAUUUUUGUAAGAUUACGAAAGUGCCAUCACAUUGUGGAGCAUUGAUGCACUUUGCUACAAAAUAAUUAUGUGGAUUCACACCUUUGCUUUCCCGUGUGGAGAGUUUCUCAGUUUUAGUCAUGUAAUCUAGGACAAUGUUGAGCCAUGCCCAAGCACUUCCUCACGUGAGAGGGAAAGUCUGGAUGUGGUGACCUAGUUGCUGUGAAGCACCCCUCAGCUGCACCUUUAGACACCUUAGAACCGGUCGUCUGCUCACUUUUGUUUUGUGCUGAUGCAUUUAGAAUGUCUCCAUGAGCCAUAAGGAGAUGCACUGUCAUAAUGCAAGUGGGAGAGAAGUUACUUGCAGAAAAUUUCUUCAUAGAGUUCGUUUAAAGUCCACAUAAAAUUGAAUAUAUAGAUGGGCACUGUCUUUCUUGACUUUGCUUUAGACAGGAUGUAGGUAGAUUUUUCAAAAUAGUGGUGAAGCAAAUCCCUGCAAAGGGAUACUGUGUUUUGAUGCCUUAUUAAAAUUGGGCAAAAUGUCUACCAGUAAACAAAAAUCACCUUUUAAAUUUUUACAGGCAGAAGCCUGAAGCCUAACAUAAGGUAAAUGUCAGCACUUAGUAGGUUUGCAUGGCAGCAGACUGGGUUUCUGAUAUGAUGUUCUGUUUGUAUAUUUUGGAACAAGUCAGUGUCUUGGACAAAAUUAAUUGGCAAUAAAUAAGUUUCUACCCAUCA